UCAACAAUUAAUAUUAAAUCGGACAGUUCACAUUAAAGAUUCAGUUUUACACCGUAAUGUAAUAUCAUCUGCCGAUUUAAAAUUGGCCAACUCUAAUUAGUUUGGGAUCCUCAAAUUGAUCUGAAUUAUAGGUUGUCAAAACUACAUGCAAUCAGAAAAGAUCCGUCCGUCGUAGCGAAGCCGAAGCUUAACACAUAAUCUAGGUAGAUGCCCAAGUCAUUCUCAGACACAGCAACCACUAUUCAGUAACACAGUCAGCUACCAUCUCUACCCCUCUUUCCCAUACUCUCUCUCUCUUGUGACAUUUCACAUAUUUUUGCCACUAUAACUAACAUUAAAAUCGUCUCAAUCACACAACAUACAGUUACAAGUUAUUACAAACUUUAUUCUAAAAAAAUUCAUUCAUUCAUUCAUUUAUAUUCAUUCAUUUCUAAGUCAUUUCAUUCACCAAUCAUAACCACCAAACCAGGUGGUGGCUCAUCUAAGCCAACAUCAUAUGUGGUGAAGUUCAACCACUUCACACCUCUCCGACAACAACAUGGGUCAAAACCUUAGUUGCAGAGGUAACAAUGAUCAUGGUCUCUUCACUGCUGUACAACAAGGUAAUUUUGAAAUUGUCACAACUCUGUUACAACAAGACCCUUCACUUUUUCAUCAAACAACUCUCUAUGAUCGUUAUUCACCUCUUCAUAUUGCUGCUGUUAAUGGCCAGAUCGAGAUUCUUUCAAGGCUUUUACAUGGAUCUGUUAAUCCAGAUAUUUUAAAUCGACAAAAACAGACUCCUCUUAUGUUGGCUGCAAUGCAUGGAAGGAUUGCUUGUGUGGAGAAGCUUCUUGAAGCUGGUGCUAAUGUUUUGAUGUUUGAUACGGUUAAUGGAAGAACUUGUUUACACUAUGCUGCUUAUUAUGGCCAUUUUUCUUGCCUUAAAGCUAUUCUUUCUUCUGCUCAAUCUAGUCAUGUGGCUGCUUCUUGGGGAUUUGUUCGGUUUGUGAAUGUUAGAGACGGAAAGGGUGCGACGCCUUUGCACUUAGCAGCUCGUCAAAGACGGGCGGAAUGUGUACAUGUUCUAUUAGACAGUGGAGCUCUUGUUUGUGCUUCAACUGGUAGAUAUGGCUAUCCUGGUAGCACUCCCCUUCAUCUAGCUGCUAGAGGAGGAUCUCUUGAUUGCAUCCGCGAAUUGUUGGCAUGGGGUGCGGAUCGUCUUCAGCGUGAUUCAUCCGGGCGGAUACCAUAUACGGUUGCUAUGAAACACAGACAUGGAUCAUGUGCGUCGUUACUAAAUCCUACAUCUGCUGAGCCUCUUGUUUGGCCAUCUCCACUGAAGUUCAUCAGUGAACUUAAUCCGGAUGCCAAAGCCUUGUUAGAACAAGCUUUGAUGGAUGCAAACAAGGAAAGGGAGCAAAAUACAUUGAAGGGGAAGGUUUACUCUCUUCCAUCUCCAUCACAGUCUAAUUGUGUAGAUGACAACAUCUCCGAGAUUAGUGAGUCAGAAUUAUGCUGCAUCUGCUUUGAGCAAGUAUGCACAAUUGAAGUUCAGAAUUGUGGUCACCAAAUGUGUGCACAAUGCACAUUAGCCCUUUGUUGUUACAACAAACCGAACCCGACAACUGCUUCUAUUACUCCACCAGUCUGUCCAUUUUGUCGAAGCAACAUAUCUAGACUUAUGGUUAUCAUGAAAAUAGAAAAUCACGACGAAUCUGAUCAAGACAAUGUUGACAUCAAUUCUUCAAAGGUAAACAAGUCGAGGAAACUCCGAAACUUAAACGACGGUGGUAGUAGCAGCUUCAAAGGAUUAUCUAGCGUUUCAUUCGGAAAGUUGGGUGGCCGAAGUUCCGGAAGAGUUGCUGAUGAGUGGAUUGAUAAACAGUAAUCAAUGUGAUAGUUUCCACUGCUUGUAGGAUAAUCAAAAUUAAAACCAAAGUAUCAAAUUAAUGAUACCAUAUUGGUUUAGGCACGGUAACUAAGUGAGUGCUUAACCAACAAGGUAAAAUGAAAGUGAAAAAGUGAAGGAAUAAAAUGUAAAAGAAUUUUGGGCAAUAAGCAAAGUGAAUUAAGGUGAAGAAGUUCAAGGUAGGUACCAAAUGUUGUUGGAGAAAAAGAGGAAGCUAUGUCAUGUUGAUGUAGUAAGUGUUAUUAUUAAUCGAUUAGUAAUAUUUAUAGUAAUAAUAAUACCAUCUCCGAUCUUAAAUAUAAGAAAAAUUUAGAUCAAUAAAAAUUGAUGUAUCUGGUUUAAAUUUUGAAUCAGAUAUAUCAGUUUUUGUUACUCAAUUUUUCUCUUAUAUUUAGAAUAAGAGAGAAUAUUAUUAUAAAAAAAAGUAAAAGUGAGUAUAUGAUUUGUCUUGAAAAGUGUAAGUUUAUGUUAUGGGAAAAUGUAUUUGCUUAUUUCAUUGCA